GCCCGCCGACGAGGACGCGGACUUCCUGCGGGCCCUCGAGUUCUCCAGGCUGGAGGCGGAGCUCGCGGCCGCGGCCCCGCCGGGCGCGGAGGAGGAGGCGGACCCCGUCCUCGCAGCGGCGCUGCGGGCGUCCAGGCUGGAGGCAGAGCGCAGGGCCGCGGCGGAGAAGCGCGCCUUCUUGGACGCGGCGAAGUCCGGGAGCCUCGGCUCGAUGCGGAGUUUGCUGGAGAGGAGCCCGGCUUACCUCAACGCCAAGAUAGAUGGCCGCUGGUCUGUGCUGCAUCACUAUGCUCACGCUGGCAACAUGGCC